UUACUUUUCCUAGUAAUUAGUUACUUUUUUGAUUGAGUAAUUGAGUUACUAACUCAAUUACUUUUUUUAAGAAGUAAUUUUUAAUUGUAAUUCAAUUACUUUUUCAAAGUAACGUUAACAACACUGGAAAUGAAUGCGCGACCAGGUGAGUUUACGUGGAUGGGCUGUUUUAACUGUUGAUCAUUUAAUCGUGGAAGUUAAAGUCCAUCUCCACAUUUCAGGCACUCGCUACCCCCACAGCGGCUAAUGCUAUGCUAACGGCUAGCUUAGCAGGCAGCCACAGAUUAACGUGAAACAUUCUGGAGAAGAAUAAUUAAUAAAGCUUUACAAUCUGGACCUUAGUGGGAUUUAAAGGAAUAGCAUAGAAAAAGAUUUAGCAAAAUAGAGAAGAUCAGCAUACAGAUGAUUUAUCGCCCAGCCCUAAUCUAAAUUAAUUGAUCUGACCAGAAACAUGAGCUUGAUGUCGCUUAAAUGUUGUCGUUUCUGUUUUACUAAUUCAGGUUUAAAAGUCCUUAUUUAUGAAGAAGUCUGACUAUAAAUGACAGGUUUUCUGCUAUCAGAUGCUGCUAACGUGAAACAUUUAAUUUCUGUUGGUUCCAGUUAUCAGUUCUUAUUGAUACCCAAUCAUCUGUAUCGGUGCUGAAGGCCGUUUCAGUUAACCCCUCGUUGUGUUUCUUCCUUCAUCAGUUUCGGUCCUGAACGCGUCUCGUUGCUCUCAGCUGUUUUCUCUCAGGACGACUCGUCCUCCAGCGUCACAUGUUUGACCUCCUGUCUUCCCUGACACCUUCUGUCUGCAGGAAACACCGCAAGCGUUUCUCCACAUCCUCCCGCCAUGUCUCACAACUACCCGUACAGACGGUCUGACACCGACCUCCGUCCUGAUCCUGGACCUUACAGCUCCGCAGACCGCCAACACCAGUCCAGCGACUUUUACAGGCCUCAGGAGUGCGUCUCCUACCCGUCGUCUUCCUCCUCCUCGUCCUCCAGGGCGGCGUCACAGGACGGCGUUGUGAGCAUCCUGAGCAGCUGCGGUCUGGAACCUGAAGAUCUGGGUCUGCUGGCCGAGCUGCCGGAGGACGUCCUGACCGCGGAGUCGCUGCCGCACAUCCUCAAACAGAUCAAAAGCAAAAGAGGCACUGUCAAACCUUUCCCAUCCAGCGCUCCAUCAUCAUCAUCAUCAUCCUCAUCAUCAUCCUCUUACCCCACAGGCUCCACCCACCGACCCCCCAGCAGCUUAGACCUGGAGCAGCUUCGCAACCAGCCGGUCCAGUACCCGUUGCACCUCAUACCGUCCACUUCGCUUCCAUCUAAUCAGGACCACUGGGGCUCUUCCAGGACCCGCAGAGCAGACGCUCCAUCAUCCUCAUCCUCGGGCUUCUCGGUGGGCUACCAACACAGAGCAGGCCCCUCUGACUAUGGUAAGACUGGUCCAGGUCCCUCUUUCAGCCCAGCAGAACAGGGAAGCAGAGCUCGUCCUUCUCGCCACUCUGAAGCUCAACGGCCCGAUUCCCGAGCAGCUCCUCCUCCCACAGCCAAACUCCAGGAGGGGCGGCGCGAGUCCGGCUCUUCUUCCAGCAGAAGCGUCCGACCCUCGGCCUCCACGCCCGUCAUGAAACAAGCUCUGGACUUCCACGGGACCACUCCGCCGGCGUACCCGUACUCGUGCUCUCUGUGUCAAAUCACUGUGCUGUCAGAGAGGGUUUGGAUCCAACACAUCAAUGGCACCCUGCAUGCAGACGGACAGCUCAGCCUCCUGCAGCAGUUUCCUAACUGGGACUGUCGCAUGGAAACCGUCAGCAGGGAGGACGACCAAUCGGAGAAGAGGAGGGACAAUAAGAAACCCUCCCCGCCACAGCAGACGUCCAAUCAGAGCCAAACAUCGCAGACCAACCAGAAGCUGCCGAAGACCGCAGAUAAAGGAAAAGUGGUUUGUGUGAAGUUUCCGGCUGAGUCUGUGGACGAGACGUAUCUGAGGAAGCUGACGGAACCGUUUGGAAAGAUCCUCAAGAUCCUCAUGUUUCCAUCUUUAGCGUUCUUGGAGCUCGGCACUGUGGACCAGGCCAAAGACUUGGUGAAGUUUCACGUCAACUAUCCCCCGACUGUGAACGGAGAGAAUAUCGAGUUCAGCAUCUCCAACACCUUCAGCUUCCUCCAGAGCUCUCAGGUGGUGAAUUUCAGUCCAGCUCCAGCCGGAGAAGACGGACGGUCAGAUCUGCUCAGCAUCGUGAAAAGCUUCGGCCUGCCGCUCUACACGCUGUUCCUGCCGUCUACGGCGUUUGUCGAGAUGAAAAAUGUUUUGGACGCUGAGAAGCUGGUUGAUUAUUAUUCGACCAACACACUGAGGAUAAAAAGCGACUCCAUCAAAGUCACGUUCUCCGGAGAGUUCAAGAGCCUCAUGAAGGUUCCAUCUGCAAAGAGGUACGAGGAGGAACCCCGUUCAGCCAAGAGAGCGAGGAGUUCCAGUCGAGAGAAAGACGAGAAGUCAGGGACCAAGAGGACGAGGAGGGAAUCCAGCAGAGACCGCAAGACCAGGUCCAGAUCGAGAGAAAGAUCUAAAGAAAGAUCCAGCCGACACCGGAGGAGUAGAUCCAGAUCCAGAGACAAAUCCAGCAGCACGUCCUCCAGGAAGAACAGGUCCAGAUCCAGAGACAAGUCAAGCCGAAACAGGCGGACCAGAACAAAGUCCAGGUCCAGGUCCAAGGACAAAUCAAGAACAAGGUCCAGGUCCAAGGACAAAUCAAGAACAAAGUCCAGGUCCAGGUCCAAGGACAAAUCAAGUACAAGGUCCAGGUCCAAGGACAAAUCAAGAACAAAGUCCAGCAGAGAGACCAGAUCCAAGUCCAGGGAAAAGUCAAACGGAGAGAAAAAGAGCAGAUCCAAGUCCAGAGAGAAGACCAGCAAAGAGAAACCAGGGUCCAGGGACAAGUCCAGUACCGGACCGUCCGGGAAAAAGACGGUGCAAUCAGAGUCCAGGUCUGAAGAUGAUCCGGCUUCUCUUAGCGCCUCCAAACCUGAAGCUGCAGACACAGAGCAGACAGAGGAGGAAGCAGAGGUUUCUGCAGAGGAGAGCGACAUCGAGGGGAUGGAGGUGAUCGCAGAGGACGGAGAGGAUCAGGAGGAGGAAGAAGAAGAGGAGGAGGAGGAGGAGGAGGAGGAAGAAGAGGAGGAGGAAGCUGCCGAAGAGAACGACAGUCCACAAUCACUGGAACAAGAUGAGGAGGAGAAGGAGGUGCAGGAGACAGACGAGGAGGAUGAGGAAGACGAUUGUGGGAUGAAGAAGGAAGAAUCGGAGGAAUCAGCAGAGUCUCAGGAGGACGAGCCAGUGCAGUCCUUCAGAGUGCUUUACUUCAACAACGUGCCGCUGGCCUUCUCCGACUCAGAUUUCAUCAACCUGGUGAGAGACUUCGGGACGCCGGUGCGCUACCUCCUGCUCCGUGGCCGACAACAGGGUUUCAUUGAGAUGUCGAGUUCAUCAGAGGCCUCAAGAGCUGCCAGAAAGCAGUACUUCAGACCACCCCGCAUUUACGGCGACUUGCCACUCGUCGUCCGCCUCUCCUACAAAUACCACCGGCUCGUUAACGGGACCUGUGUAACUUUGGACAAAGGCAGCAGCAGGAGGAGCAAUCGCAGAAGUCAAAGAAGAAGGAGGAGCAUAUCCAGAACUUCAGAUCAGGACGAAGCCGACAAGAGGUUGAAGAGGAAGGAGGAGUCCUCGAAGAAGUCAGCAGAGACAGAGUCAGCAUCUAAAAAGACUCCAGACAAAGAGUCAACGUCUGAAAAGACUCCAGAAGAGUCAGCGUCUAAAAAGACCCCAGAGAAAGAGUCGGCAUCUAAAAAGACUCCAGAGAAAGAGUCGGCAUCUAAAAAGACUCCAGCAAAAGAGUCGGCAUCUAAAAAGACUCCAGAGAAGGAGUCGGCGUCUAAAAAGACUCCAGCAAAAGAGUCGGCAUCUAAAAAGACUCCAGCAAAAGAGUCGGCGUCUAAAAAGACUCCAGCAAAAGAGUCGGCGUCUAAAAAGACUCCAGAGAAAGAGUCGGCGUCUGAAAGGACUCCAGAGGAAGAGUCAACGUCUGACAGGACUCCAGAGGAAGAGUCAACGUCUGACAGGACUCCAGAGGAAGAGUCAGCGUCUGACAGGACUCCAGAGGAAGAGUCAGCGUCUGACAAGACUCCAGAGGAAGAGUCAGCGUCUGACAAGACUCCAGAGGAAGAGUCAGCGUCUGACAAGACUCCAGAGGAAGAGUCAGCGUCUGACAAGACUCCAGAGGAAGAGUCAGCGUCUGACAAGACUCCAGAGGAAGAGUCAGCGUCUGACAAGACUCCAGAGGAAGAGUCAGCGUCUGACAAGACUCCAGAGGAAGAGUCAGCGUCUGACAAGACUCCAGAAGAAGACUCAACAUCUGCAAUGGCUCCAGAAGAAGACUCAACAUCUGGAAUGGCUCCAGAGAAUGAGUCUUUGAGCAAAAAAGCUGAAGAAAAAGACCUCGAAAACCCAUCAGAGAAGAAUGAUGCUGGCAGAAACAUGCCAGGAAAGAAAACAAGUCCAGAAAAUGAGACCCAAAAAAGAGAAGAAACUCCUGAGGACGACUCAGUGUCCCUAGAAUCUCUGAAGACAGAAUCAGAAAAAGACAAAAAAGAUCUGGAGAUAAAACAGGAACCAGAAGAUGAUCAGCUGGAAGAGAAACCGUCAGAGGCGGAGGAACCGAGAGAUGAAGACAAGACAACUGAAGUUUGUUUGGAGUCUGAAACGUCAGAGUUGGAGGUGAAAGAUUCAGAGUGUCAAGAUACACCAGUUGACAAUGGAGAUGGUCCAAAACCUCAACCUGAACAGAACGAUGACGCUGCAGCGGAGACGGAGCGACGGCCCGAACCCGAAAAACCUGCCAAACCUGUUGAGUCCAGGUCUGAAGAUGAUCCGGCUUCUCUUAGCGCCUCCAAACCUGAAGCUGCAGACACAGAGCAGACAGAGGAGGAAGCAGAGGUUUCUGCAGAGGAGAGCGACAUCGAGGGGAUGGAGGUGAUCGCAGAGGACGGAGAGGAUCAGGAGGAGGAAGAAGAAGAAGAAGAGGAAGAAGAGGAAGAAGAGGAGGAGGAAGCUGCCGAAGAGAACGACAGUCCACAAUCACUGGAACAAGAUGAGGAGGAGAAGGAGGUGCAGGAGACAGACGAGGAGGAUGAGGAAGACGAUUGUGGGAUGAAGAAGGAAGAAUCGGAGGAAUCAGCAGAGUCUCAGGAGGACGAGCCAGUGCAGUCCUUCAGAGUGCUUUACUUCAACAACGUGCCGCUGGCCUUCUCCGACUCAGAUUUCAUCAACCUGGUGAGAGACUUCGGGACGCCGGUGCGCUACCUCCUGCUCCGUGGCCGACAACAGGGUUUCAUUGAGAUGUCGAGUUCAUCAGAGGCCUCAAGAGCUGCCAGAAAGCAGUACUUCAGACCACCCCGCAUUUACGGCGACUUGCCACUCGUCGUCCGCCUCUCCUACAAAUACCACCGGCUCGUUAACGGGACCUGUGUAACUUUGGACAAAGGCAGCAGCAGGAGGAGCAAUCGCAGAAGUCAAAGAAGAAGGAGGAGCAUAUCCAGAACUUCAGAUCAGGACGAAGCCGACAAGAGGUUGAAGAGGAAGGAGGAGUCCUCGAAGAAGUCAGCAGAGACAGAGUCAGCAUCUAAAAAGACUCCAGACAAAGAGUCAACGUCUGAAAAGACUCCAGAAGAGUCAGCGUCUAAAAAGACCCCAGAGAAAGAGUCGGCAUCUAAAAGACUCCAGAGAAAGAGUCGGCAUCUAAAAAGACUCCAGAGAAAGAGUCGGCAUCUAAAAAGACUCCAGAGAAGGAGUCGGCGUCUAAAAAGACCCCAGAGAAAGAGUCGGCAUCUAAAAAGACUCCAGAGAAGGAGUCGGCGUCUAAAAAGACUCCAGCAAAAGAGUCGGCGUCUAAAAAGACUCCAGCAAAAGAGUCGGCGUCUAAAAAGACUCCAGCAAAAGAGUCGGCGUCUAAAAAGACUCCAGCAAAAGAGUCAACGUCUGAAAGGACUCCAGAGGAAGAGUCAGCGUCUGACAAGACUCCAGAGGAAGAGUCAGCGUCUGACAAGACUCCAGAGGAAGAGUCAGCGUCUGACAAGACUCCAGAGGAAGAGUCAGCGUCUGACAAGACUCCAGAGGAAGAGUCAGCGUCUGACAAGACUCCAGAGGAAGAGUCAGCGUCUGACAAGACUCCAGAGGAAGACUCAACAUCUGCAAUGGCUCCAGAAGAAGACUCAACAUCUGGAAUGGCUCCAGAGAAUGAGUCUUUGAGCAAAAAAGCUGAAGAAAAAGACCUCGAAAACCCAUCAGAGAAGAAUGAUGCUGGCAGAAACAUGCCAGGAAAGAAAACAAGUCCAGAAAAUGAGACCCAAAAAAGAGAAGAAACUCCUGAGGACGACUCAGUGUCCCUAGAAUCUCUGAAGACAGAAUCAGAAAAAGACAAAAAAGAUCUGGAGAUAAAACAGGAACCAGAAGAUGAUCAGCUGGAAGAGAAACCGUCAGAGGCGGAGGAACCGAGAGAUGAAGA